GUGUGUUUACAACUGGCUUCAUCCUGGCUGCAACUGGCAUUAGCCUGCUUUCCAAGAAUACAGAACCCUUGUCAAAUUUGCACUUGGAGGCCGAUGUUCAUUGGAGCAUAUCGUAUCUUAUAAUACUAGCCGUUUUUAACUGCUUUAGUGAGGAAUAGAGGGGCUUGCUGUGCGAUAUCAGCUGCUGCGUCUGUCCACCCACCAUCUGUGGAAGUGGGACAAGGGAACAGAUGGCGCAUCCAACCCGGCCUGCAGGGCUGCUGACGCUGACUGUUGGGGCAGCUUUGGGGAUGGGUAUCAAUCAUUAAAUUAGGAUGCUGCGUUUCUCUAUUGUGCAGUGAGGCUGUAUUCUGCAGAUAUGACGAUGUCAGAGUGACUUGGACCACAGUUUUGGGCAGGAGCCAUCGUAGAUUGACCAAAUUGAUGCGCUACGACUCGACCACUUGCUUCAACUUAAUCCCUUUUGACGUUUCUCUUGAUCGGUGAACAAUGGUUGACAACCGCUACGCUACAGCUCUGGUCAUCGCCUGCGUGCUGAGCAUACUCGCCACCGUUUAUCUGUCGGUGGCCGUCGGGACGCAGCACUGGUACCAGUACAGCAGCCCCACUGUCCGUGGAGAGGCUAACGUGUCUGAGCUGCGCUCCCUGUAUGAGGAGUUCAUGGAUGGGGAGUUUGAUGAGAAAACCUACAGCGAUACCCUGUUCCGCCUUAACGGGACUGUGGGCCUCUGGUGGCGGUGUGUGCUCGUCCCUGCCAACGCUAACUGGUUCAAAGAAACAGAUGCAAAGCUGGUUCUCGAGUGUCGAAGCUUCAGCCUGACUCAGCAAUUCACCCCUAAAUACAAAGAACCAGGAAAUCACAACAGUGGGGAGGACAUGCUGCGUACAUACUUGUGGAGGUGCCAGUUUCUGCUGCCAUUGGUGUCCCUGGGUCUGGUGGUGCUGGCCGGUCUCACCGGGUUCUGUGCCUGCCUCUGCCGGAGCCUCAGCCCGACUCUUGGCAUAGGGAUACUACACCUGCUGGCUGGUCUCUGCACCUUAGCCACGGUGUGCUGCUACCUGGCUGGGAUGGACCUGCUCCACAGGGUGUCGAUGCUGCCUGAUAAGGUGGACGGUUCCUUGGGUUGGUCCCUCUACUUGGCCCUCAUCUCCUCUCCGCUACACAUGAUGGCCGCCGCGCUGCUCGUGUGGGCGGCCCGCAGCCACAGUCAGAACUACUACCGCAUGACCGCCUACAGGGUGGCAUAGACUGAGAU